GUGCGGAGCCGUGCCGGUCACUCACCGUCUCUCAGCACCAUGCAGGGUCCCAGCUCCGCGCCACCCGCCGCCUUCCUCCUCCUCCUCCUCCUCCUCCGCCUCAGCUCGCUGCUGCUGCUGCCGGUGGCCGCGGUGCCGGUCGCCGAGCGGGAGCUGAAUCCCAGCAGCCGCCUGGCCGCCGGGGCGGCGCGGGUGGCAUUGCAUUACCUCAACUUCCAGACGGCGUCCCCCGGAGCGCUGCAGGCGCUGGGGCAGGUCCGCAAAGCCACGGUGAAGAGCAUCCCAGACUCUGGUCACAAGUAUUACCUGCAGUUCACUACUGAAGACUACAGGAGCGGGGAAAACGCUGGGAGCUGCCUUGCUACAGUGCUGUAUCGGAAGACAAAGUCUCCGCCUGUUGUCAAUAUCAAGUGCAUGCCUACCAAAGACCAGAAGCAUAUCCAAGAAGAGGACAACAGACUUUACCAAAAAAUUAGGCACCAAACCAAACCAAUAAUGGGAAACAAUAUUCCAGACAGCUAUGGCAAUAUUGAACCUGCCCUGGAGCCAGUGUGGGCUUUGGCUGUUGCUGGCAGCAGUUACAUCAUGUGGGAAAAGUCAACAGAGAACUUGGGUUACUUCAUGGCACAAGUCAAGUCUGUGAAGCAGUGGAUAAGGAAAGAUGAUUUUAUUGAAUUUGACUACACUGUUCUACUCCAUGAAAUUCCAACACAGGAAAUUAUUUCGUGUCACAUGCGCCUCACUUGGCUUCCUGGUCACCCUCUGAAAGUGAAAUACUUCUGUGCUUCAGAGAAUCAGGGGCUCGAAGAUGGAUCUGGAAUGGAAUCUGGAUCAGCUGCUGGGAUUUUACAUGAAAGGGGAGCAAAUUUUUAAGAGAUUGUCAGUUUUAUGUAUAUGUGUUAAAUGAGAAAAUCCUUGUGUUAAUAGACCUGGAGUUGUGAUAAUUUUUCUAUACCAGCUGCACAACAGUGAAUUUGAAUGCUUUCACUAGUCUGUUUUAUUCCAAAAUUAAUUCCUGUCAUUUCUUAAACCGCGAGACUCAUGUUCUGGAGUUCUACCUAAAAACUUUGCUACUAUAUUAUAUAUACACAGAUAAACAUACACAAGUUGAUUUUAUGUCACUAACUUACUGUUACUUAGAGUAACAUAGUUUGU